AGUGUCCUGCUGGGUCGUACGGUUACGGCUGCCGUCAGGUGUGUGACUGUCUGAAUAACUCCAUGUGUGAUCACAUGACCGGGACAUGUUACUGCAACCCGGGCUGGAAGGGGCCUCGCUGUGACCAAGCUGGUGUGGUGGUGGGAAGCCUCAACAGUCUCACCAGCGCAGCCAUGCAGGUGGACACGUAUCAGAUCGGAGCCAUCGCAGGAAUCAUCGUCCUGGUACUGCUGGUGCUCUUCCUCCUCCUCCUCUUCAUCAUCUACAGGAAGAAGCAAAAGGUCAAAGAGCCCACCAUGUCUGCGGUGACCUACACUCCUGCUCUGAGGGUCACUUCUGAUUACACAGAUGCUCACCCACCACCCUGUGAAGGUCAUCCCAGCAGCUACUUCUCCAACCCCAGCUACCACACUCUGAGCCAGUGCAUCGGCCCCCAGCACCUCAACAACGUUCCUUAUGGACCGGUCAAGAACCACCAGCUGUUUAUGAACUUGAAGAACGUAGAGCAGAGGAAACGGCCGAUGGCGGAGCACAGUGGCACGCUGCCUGCAGACUUUAAGCAACAGGAGUGCUUCAAUGAACUCG